GUCGUCCGUCUUUUACCUAAAGCUCCUUGCUUUUUCUUUGUAGUGUCGCUGGAGAGAGCUCGGGAGGUUUGCUCUUCAAUUUAGUCGAGAUGGCCAUCGCAAUAUUCAAUACCCCGACGCUGGCGGUAGCAUCUCCAAUGACACUGAUAGGCGUCACUGCAGUAUGCCUCGUCGCUGCAAUCCUCAUUAAUAUCCUGAAGCAGCUGCUCUGGAAAGAUCCUCAUAAGCCUCCGGUGGUUUUCCACUGGUUUCCCAUUCUGGGAAAUACCAUCUCCUACGGGAUGGACCCAUUCAAGUUUUUCUUUGAUUGCAAAGAAAAGUACGGAGACGUAUUCACCUUCAUCUUGCUCGGAAAGCCAACGACGGUCUGUCUGGGUGCUAAUGGAAACAACUUCGUCCUGAAUGGCAAGCUCAGCGAUCUCUCAGCGGAGGAGAUCUAUUCGCCUCUUACGACUCCCGUGUUUGGAAAGGACGUCGUGUUCGAUUGUCCAAACUCGAAGCUGAUGCAGCAGAAGAAGUUUGUCAAAUUUGGUCUCACAACAGAAGCACUACGGUCUCAUGUCAAGUUAAUCAGCUUGGAGGUUGAGAAUUUCAUUUCGACCUCAGCUGAACUCCAAGGAGAAACUGGCACACUCAACGUUCCUCUGGCUAUGGCUGAACUCACCCUGUAUACGGCCGCUCGUUCGCUCCAAGGCAAGGAAAUUCGAUCCAAACUCGACUCGACAUUCGCAGACCUCUUCCAUGAUCUGGAUAUGGGAUUUGUGCCGAUCAACUUCAUGCUCCCCUGGGCACCUCUGCCGCAUAACCGAGCGCGAGAUCGAGCCCAGCGAAAGAUGACUGAGGUCUACAUGGAGAUCAUCCAAGAACGCCGCAGGAACGGACACAAAAAGGACUCUGAAGACAUGAUCUGGAAUCUGAUGUCGUGUGAAUAUAAAGACGGCACACCGCUGCCGGAUAAAGAGAUUGCUCAUAUGAUGAUUGCGCUAUUGAUGGGAGGACACCAUUCAUCAUCAUCCACCAUCUCAUUCAUCCUGUUGAGAAUCGCUUCGGAACCAGAUAUCCUUGAGGAACUGUACCGGGAGCAGCAGCAAGUCUUCGGGCCCGAACUCGGAGAACUGACGUACGAAGGACUGCUGGAAUUGAAACUGCAUCGUCACACAGUCCGAGAGACCUUGCGACUACACAAUCCUAUUCAUUCAAUUUUGCGCAAGGUCAAAAAUCCGCUCAUCCUUGACGGAACUUCCUAUGUCAUCCCUCCGUCCCACACUGUCCUCGCGACACCGGCCACUUCAGCCCGCGAUCCGCAGUACUUCCCGAACCCGAUGAAAUGGGACCCUCACCGAUGGGAGACGAGAAACGCACAUGAAGACGAGGAAGAAGACCCAGAAGAUCCAGUGAAUGGUGCCUCGUGGAGUAAGGGUUCAGGAAGUCCGUACCUGCCGUUCGGAGCUGGGCGACACCGUUGCAUCGGCGAACAGUUUGCGUACCUGCAGAUGGGCGUUAUUCUGGCAAUUCUCGUGCGAAACUUCAAACUACGCAAUAUAGAUGGCGUCAAGGGAGUUCCCAAGACAGACUUUUCGUCACUAUUCUCUCGCCCAUUGGCACCCGCAAAGAUCGCCUGGGAGAAGCGAACAGGCGUAAAGGUAUAAGUAUAGGUAACUAGAGACAAAACAAAGAUAGUCAUCAACUCAUAAUGCAUAAUACUAGAGUCCAGCAACCCAUCCUCCAUAAUUAAUUAAUCACCGUAGUCUAGUAGUAGUUAGUCCAUGAAUCAAAAUACAAUACAAU